CAGAGAGCCUUGCUCGCUCGUACUCAUCGCAGCGACCACCACGAUGUCAGACGAUGCGGAUACCUCGCCAGAAGUCAUGCUUCGAUUCUACAAGAUGUUAUACCCCUUUCAAUCCAUCUUUACGUGGCUCAAUCAUGAGCAUACGCCCACGAAACUCUUCACUCACCGCGAGUUUGCGUUUACCCUCCAGGGCGAUGUAUAUCUGCGAUACCACUCAUUCAACACCGCUGAGGACCUGAAGAAACAAGUAUGUACUCUCAACCCAACACGUUUCGAGAUUGGUCCCAUGUAUUCUGCAAAACCACGCGACAAGAAGACCGUCCGCUCUGCUGCCUUUUCCCCUCAAAGACGAGAGCUGGUUUUUGAUAUCGAUAUGACUGACUAUGACGGCGUUCGCACUUGCUGUUCCGCUGCCGACAUAUGUUCUCGGUGUUGGGGUUUCAUAGCAGCAGCAGUUAAAGUCCUCCAGUCAAUCCUCGUCGAGCAAUUCGGAUUCAGACAUCUACUGUGGGUUUACUCUGGGCGACGUGGCAUCCAUUUGUGGAUAAGCGAUCCCGAAGCUUUGGACCUCACGGACGACCAACGUAGGGCGCUCGUCAGCGCACUCACUGUCGUGGAAGGCGGGAAGGAGAUGGUGAAAAAAGUUAAUGUUAGAACUGCAAAAGGCUUGCCCCCCUUGCUGUGGGACGCCCUAGAGACCUUGCGCUCAGCCUUCGUACCACUUGUCCUAGAUGACCAAGAUUGCUUCUCUUCUCAGGAAGGCUGGGAGACUCUGUUGCAACUUAUACCGGAUCGCCCUAUUGUUGAAAAGCUCCGUAAUGAAUGGUCUCAAGAUCCUGAUCGGCCUUCUGCGCAGAAGUGGGAGGAGUUGAAAGAUCUGAUCCACAAAAAAAAGACUGAUUCACGACUGAAGGAGGCUUUGGAAGAUAUUGUCUUUCAAUAUACUUACCCGCGCAUCGACGCCGAGGUUUCAAAGCACCGGAACCACUUGCUCAAAGCCCCCUUUUGUGUACAUCCUAAGACAGGGCGAGUUUGCGUGCCACUUGACCCGAACCAUAUUGACCGUUUUGAUCCACGCGAUGUACCUACUAUCGGGCAGCUGUUGCGUGAACUAAACAGCAGCACAAGCACAGGCGAAGGAGCAGGUUGGGAAAAGACGAGCCUCAAGCCGUACGUUGACUUGCUGGACAGACACACGAUGGGAAUACUAGAGGAGGUACGCAUUAUGAAGCGUAACAAUACAACCUGGUGAAUGUUUUGGACAGCAUAGUGUACUAUACUGUAAUGACGUCAUAAGGGACGAUUGGCCCCCAUGUGACAUACCGAGAAUGGCAGGCACAGUGUCACAGGGUCCCUGGGUGUGUCAGACGAGUGUCAGCGUCCUUCACAAAGGGUUCCU